AGAGACCCAGCAAUCAAGCAUGGCUCAGGCCUCUCAGGACCAAGGUGCGGUGGGCAUAGCCGACCCAGAUGAGGACUCACCCAACAUGAUUGCAUACAGGAAGAUCGAGGACAUCAUCACACGCCUCCAAGAUGAGGCUGAAGGAGUGCCUGUCAGAACCGUCAAGAGCUUCCUCACCAAGAUUCCUAAUGUGGUUACAGGUUCAGAUAUUGUUCAGUGGAUGAUGAAAAACCUCAACAUGGAAGAUCCGGCGGAGGCCAUACACGUUGGCAGCCUGAUCGCCGCCCAAGGGUACAUCUUCCCCAUCUCUGAUCAUGUUCUCACUCUCAAGGAUGAUGGGACGUUUUACCGUUUUCAGGCUCCAUACUUUUGGCCCUCUAACUGCUGGGAGCCAGAGAACACCGACUACGCCAUCUAUCUGUGCAAGCGGACCAUGCAGAACAAGACCCGGCUGGAGCUGGCAGACUAUGAGGCGGAGAAUCUAGCGCGACUACAGAGGGCUUUUGCCAGGAAGUGGGAGUUCAUCUUCAUGCAGGCUGAGGCUCAGGUCAAAAUCGACAGGAAAAAAGACAAAACGGAGAGGAAGAUUCUGGAUAGUCAAGAGAGAGCCUUCUGGGAUGUUCACCGUCCUGUGCCUGGGUGUGUCAACACUACGGAGAUGGACAUCAGGAAGUGUCGUCGCCUGAAGAACCCUCAGCGAGUGAAAAAGUCAGUGUAUGGAGUAGUGGACGACACACAGACUCAGAGUCCUGUUCACACACCUGCACAGCAGAGCAGCAAGGACACCAAAGAGGAUGUAGAGAAAGAGAUUCUGUUCUUAAACACUCAGUUGGAUCGGCACUGUAUGAAAAUGUCCAAAGUUGCUGAGACAUUGAUGAGCUACACAGAGCAGUAUCUUGACUAUGACCCUUUUGUGGCAGUACCAGAACCAUCAAACCCCUGGAUUAGCGAUGAUGCCACUUUCUGGGAGCUAGAAGCCAGUAAGGACCCAAGUCAACAGCGAGUAAAGAAGUGGGGUUUCUCAUUGGACGAGGCUUUAAAGGACCCCGUGGGCCGUGAGCAGUUUCUUAAAUUCCUGGAGUCCGAAUUCAGCUCUGAAAACCUCCUAUUCUGGUUGGCGGUACAGGAUCUGAAGUGUCGCCCCCUGCAGGAAGUGGCGUCUCGUGCUCAGGAGAUCUGGCAGGAGUUUCUUGCCGAGGGAGCUCCAAAUGCCAUCAAUCUAGACUCACACAGCUACGAGCGCACUAGCCAGAAUCUCAAAGACCCAGGACGCUACAGUUUUGAAGAUGCCCAGGACCACAUCUACAAGCUGAUGAAGAGUGACAGCUACCCUCGAUUCCUGCGCUCCAAUGCUUACCAGGACCUCCUGCUGGCCAGAAAGAAGCCUGAGACAGAGCAAGGCCGUCGCACAUCCCUGGAGAAAUUCACUCGCAGUGUGGGCAAAUCACUGACAAGUAAACGGCUGACAGGCCUCAUGCAGUCCUCCUGAC